AUGCUCAUCAUAGGCCUCACUGGUGGCAUCGCCACUGGCAAGUCCACCGUCAGCUCGAUCCUCUCGUCCCCGCCCUACAACCUCCCCAUCAUCGACGCCGACGUCCUGGCGCGGCAGGUCGUGGAGCCAGGCACGCCGGGGUACCGCGCCAUCGUGUCCUACUUCGGCCCCACAACCCCAGACCUCCUGGUGGCGCCCUCGGCAGACAUGCCAGAGCAGGGGCCCAACGGCAAGGGCAGGCCGCUGAACCGCCCGGCCCUGGGUCGGCGCAUCUUUGGCGAUGCGCCCGAGGCGCGGCAGGGUCGGGCGCGGCUGAACGCGAUUGUGCACCCGGCGGUGCGGCGGGCGGCGUACUGGGCGCUGCUGCGGGCGUACCUGCUGGGCCGGUGGGCGGUGGUCUGGGACGUGCCGCUGCUGUUCGAGGUGGGUACGGACCGGUUCUGUGGGGCGGUCGUCGUGGUCGGCGUGCACGACCCGGCGGUGCAGAUGGCUCGCCUGCGGGCGCGCGAUGCGCACCUGACCGCGGAGGACGCUGAGAACCGCGUGCGCAGCCAGACGGACGUCAGGGUGAAGGCGCGGCGGUGUGAGGCGCGCGGAGAGGGCCGUGGGCUGGUGGUCUGGAACGAUGGCGACCGGGAGGAGCUGCAGAGGGAGGUCGAGAGGGCCAUGGUGCAGCUCAGGGGACGCAGCCCGGCUUGGUGGGGCACGCUGCUCUGGAUGUGUCCUCCUCUCGCGGUCGGCGUCGGUGUGUGGAACUUGUGGGUGAACCGAGGGAUUGCGAAGAGGUGGGAGGCUGAGGAGGCCAGGGAGAGGGCGAAGCUGUAG